CGUGUCGUAGGUAUGGAUCAGAGGCUUUCUCAGUUGGUGGAAGAGCUCACGACCUCGGGGGAACCCCAGCUGGACCCUGAGAAAACCAAGGCACUGAAGAGGAUCUGCAAGUCUUCAGAGGAGCAGCUCGGCCAUGCCUAUCACCUGCUGAUGACUCAGCUGAAGCAGGAGCACGCCGAGAUCCGCCUCUCAGCCUUCCAGAUCGUGGAUGAACUCUUCGCCAGGUCUCACCAGUUCAGGAUGCUGGUCAUUUCCGACUUCCAGGAGUUCCUGGAGCUCACACUGGGCACGGACCACGGGCAGCCCCUGCCACCGCCCAGGGAGGCAGCCCAGAGGCUCAGGCGGGCGGCCAUGCGGGCCGUGCAGGGGUGGAGUGAAAAGUUCGGUGAGGCCUAUAAGAAGCUUGCCUUGGGCUACCACUUCCUGAGACACAACAAAAAGGUGGAUUUUGAAGAUGUGAGUGCUCGGACUCUGGCAGAAAGGAAGAGGGAGGAAGAGAAGCAGAAGCGCUUGGAUAAAGUCUGCAGGGAAAGAGCCGAGCAGGCCGAGCGAGAGAUGGAAGAAAUGUCUGAAGAAAUUGGAUCCUGCCUGACAGAAGUGGAGAACUGCUUUAGGCUGCUGGUGCCAUUUGACUUGGGCCCGAGCCCAGAGGCCAAGUUCCUUGACGAGGCUGCUGGCACGUCUGAUAAGGGUGCCCCUCGCUCUUCGAGCCUAGGCUGGGCAGCCCCUUGCUGGUCUGGCACCCUCAACUCCCAGGACGAAGAGCAGCCGUGCUGCAGCAAGGACCUGCCUGCCUCUGCACGCCAUGCAGGAGCCGUGGGCACUGGGGCACAGCCUCUCCACACAGCCCCAGGGGACCCCUCAGAUGAUGAGGAGGAGGACAGUGACCGGGAAGAGUUUGUGCGGAGCCAUGGGCUCGGCUCACACAAGUACACGCUGGAUGUAGAGCUCUCCUCAGACAGCCUGAAGGUGCAGGAGAACGAGGACAACCUUGAUGUGGUCCAUGCUGCCCGGGACGCACUCAAGCUUAUCCGGAACAAGUUCCUGCCCGCCGUGUGUUCCUGGGUCCAGCGGUUUACCCGUGCAGGGACCCACGGUGGACACUUGAAGCAUGCCAUCAACCUGAAGAUGGAACUAGAGCUGGCUCUGAGGAAAUGCAAGGAGCUCGAUAUCGAACCUGAAGGCCGGCAGAGGCACAGGACAGAAGCCCUUGGGGAUGCAGAGGAAGAUGAGGAGGACGAGGACUUCGUGGAGGUUCCAGAGAAGGAGGGGUACGAGGCCCACAUCCCCGGCCACCUACGGGCCGAGUACGGGCUAGAGCCAGCUCCGCUGCAGACUCUGGAGAAAGACCCAGCUGCGCAGGGCUUGCAGGCGAGGAUGAGAACGAGGAGGGACGAGGAGGCGGCCGACCCCACCUCUGCUGCUGCCCAACUGGAGCGGCUCCGGGGCCACUUGCCCCCGCUCUCCUCCACCAGCCCCUCUAGGUCACCGCUGGGGCCAGAAGAAACCCAGAAGCUGGUGGCAGAGCGGGCACGGGCACCCAUUGUGCCCUUCGGAGUGGACCUGUGCUACUGGGGUCAGGAGCAGCCGUCAGCUGGGAAGAUUCUCAAAUCCGACUCUCAGCACCGCUUCUGGAAGCCUAGCGAGGUAGAGGAGGAAGCAGACAGUGCAUACGUCUCUGAGAUGCUCCGGAGCCGCCACAUCACCUUUGCGGGAAAGUUCGAGCCUGUGCAGCACCGGUGCCGCGCCCUGAGGCCAGAUGGCCGGCUCUGUGAGCGCCAAGACCGGCUGAAGUGCCCCUUCCAUGGGAAGAUCAUCCCGAGAGACGACGAGGGGCGACCUCUUGACCCGGAGGACAGGGCCCGGGAGCAGAGGCGGCAGCUGCAGGAGCAGGAACGCUCGGGCUGGCAGGACCCCGAGUUUGUGAGAGACGUGGAGGCAGCCACGGGGGAAGACCUGGGCUCAUCCAGGCUCGGCAGGAAGGGCAGAACGAAGAGGCGGCGGCAGCACCCCCACCUCACCGACCUGACGCAGCAGGCAGACACUGCCCGGGCACGCCUCGGGAAGAAAGUCUUCGCCAAGGCAGCUGUGCGGAGAGUGGUUGCGGCCAUGAACCAGAUGGACCGGAAAAAGCACGAGCGGUUCUCAAACCAGUUUAACUACGCACUGAAUUAGAGCACCGGCCAGAUUUGGGAGACCACCUCUAUCAUACAUUAAAGUCCUGUGUACAGUGGUUAUGUCUGGACUUUCUGGCCUGUCUGCCUAGUCAUCUGUUGUUACCAUACUGUUUUAAUUACUGUACCUUUGUAAUGCAUUUCUGUGUCAAAAGCCCCUUUUAUAUUUCUGUUCUCCUGAGGUAAAGUUGGAAGAGGAGAGGGUGUUUUGUAAAAUUUAAUUCAGGACUAAUUUGUUACCCUGGUGUUUCUUGCAUCAGAUCUUUUAAUGAAUCUUCAUGAAUAUUUAUUAAAAGACAAGCCAGCGGC